AUUUUUAGAAAUAAUACUACACAACCAUUUGUAGUUAAUCAAAAUGAGCAAGAAAAUGAGCAACAAAAUCGACGACAACAAUAUACAAGUGCACCAUUUAGACGUCGUCAACGCCGCAAUCGACAACAACAAUAUCGUCAAAAUGAAUUUGUUAAUAACAAUCGAUUUGCUAUAUUUGCUGAUGAAAACAAUAAUGAUCAAAUUGAAAUUGAUUUAAUUAAUGAAGAACCAAUAAAUAUUAAUAAAAAUAAGAAGAAAAAUUCUAAAAAGACCCGAUUAUAUCUCGAACCAAAUCGAAUGCUACGAUGGUUUGAAGAUAAAAUUAGUUCAAAAAAUCAACCAUUAAAUAGUCGUGGUAAUCAAGCAUUUUUAUUAGCAGCAGCUCCAAUUUAUGAUGAAUGGGUCAGAAAUAAUUAUGAAUUACAAGUUUGGCAAACAUACUUGAAGAUGGGUACAGAGCAAAAACAUUGGGCUAAAGAAAUCGUACAACGUACAAAAAAACGUGAUAAUAUAACAAAUACUCGUUUUGUACAAAAGAAAAUUAAUCGAUUAACUGAAAGUAUUGCUCAAGCUACUGCUACCAUCUCAGACUUGCAAAUUCAAUUAACUACAUAUUGGACACAAGUUAAUGUGGAGAAAUUAACUACAACAAUAGCUGAAAAUGUAGCAACUAUUGUAUGUGAAAAAAUAAAUAAUAAUAAAAAAUCAAUUACUACUACAACAACUGCUCCUGCAGCAGCAACAAGUCCUACAGCAACACCAUUACCUACAGCUACAAAUACUCUUAAAAAUCAAGUUCGUGAGCCUAUAGAAAAAUUAGAAAAAUAUAUAUUAAAAUACGUUUAUACAUAUACACAACAUGUCAAGAAAAUGGCCGAAACUAAAGUUCAAUUAGCCAAAGCUCAAUCAGAUGAAUUUAAAGCUUUAGAAGAAUUUGAACAAAUAGCUACUCCAUCUCAAUGGAAUAUUCAUUUAGCUUUAAAACCUAGAAUAAAACUUUGGUCAACCAAAAAUAAAAAUUACUUGGCUGCUCUUAAACGUGUCGAAUAUGAUAUGCCUCCAAAAUUUAUUGAAAAAGUUGAUUUAUCAUUUAAAAUUGAUGAAUCUAUUAUUAAUCAAGAUGAAGCUCAAGCUACAUAUAAUCAAAUGCGUCAAAUUACAAAAGAAUUUCGUACACAAGCAAUGACAUUAUAUGUACAAUCCUUAGGCAGAGAAAAUGAAUUAUUAUCGAAUGAAAUUAAACGUAUUAUUGAAGGCUUUCCUCAAGAAAACGAUGAAGGAUUUGAUGCUGAGCCUGGACAUGCAGCAUUUAAACAUUAUCAUAAUUUACGAGAAAAAAGAUUAAAUUUAGAAGCUGAACAAUCGAUUCAUUUUUUAUCCGAAGAGCGAGUCGAGGGCGACACAAACGAUCCGGUAGAAACCAUUGCUCCGACUCUAAUUCGAUCGCUGGGCGAGGAAUUCUUGCUCCAGCCAUAAUUAAUCAAGCACAAAUUCAAUUAACCGAGGAAGAACAUGAAUUACUAAAAUUAGGCCCUCGGUUUAUUUACAAUGAUCCAAAAAACGGCAUCUCGACGACGUACAACUGAGUUGGCUACUCUUAAAC